AAAGAAUUCUGGCUUGAAAACCAGCCCGUUAUUGAAGUAUCUCCAAGCGAGUCCAGCUCCAUCGGAUCCAAACGAGUUAACUCGGCCCAUUUCGCGCGCUUGGAGCCCAACACCAUGCUCUCCUCUCGCGCGCGAUUGUGUUCGGUUCAGUUUCCUCCCCAAACUAGGCGCGAAAAGUUCUUCGCAGCGGUCAAAUUAGGGUUUGGCACUGCUCCAACGGGAUUUCUCUCUCUUCGGAAUCUACGAGUUUCUGACUCAAUAAUCAUGGCCACUUCUUCUUCUCCAUCACGUCCUUCGAAGCGCAGACGCGAGAACCAGGACGAAAUCGAACUCGAAGAACCGAAAGACAGUACGGCAACAGCGACGACGGUUGAAAGCUCACCGAAUGGUACGGAAACGGAGGAGAAGAAGAUGUCGCCGGUGGUGGUGUUCGCUCAUGGCGCUGGCGCCCCUUCCUCUUCUGAUUGGAUGAUUAGGUGGAAGGAACUGUUGGCCAAAGCAUUGCAGGCAGUUGAAGUCGUCACAUUUGACUACCCAUAUAUAUCUGGAGGAAAACGAGGUGCUCCUCCUAAGGCAGAAAAGUUGGUUGACUUUCAUGCGGAGGUUGCCAAAAAGACUCUGGCGAAGUACCCGGGACAUCCACUUAUUUUGGUUGGAAAGUCCAUGGGUUCAAGGGUCAGCUGCAUGGUGGUUGGUGAGGAAGGGGUUGAUGUUUCAGCUGUAGUUUGCCUGGGGUACCCACUGAAGGGCAUGAAUGGAGCAGUGCGUGAUGAGACACUGCUACAGCUUACUGUCCCUACUAUGUUUGUACAGGGUAGCAAGGAUGGGUUUUGCCCGUUGGAAAAGCUGGAACCUGUUAGGAAAAAGAUGAAAUUUGUUAACGAGUUGCAUGUGAUUGAAGGCGGCGACCACUCUUUCAAGAUUGCAAAGAAGCAUCUACUAUCAAAGGGGUCCACCCAAGAAGAAGCUGAAGAUCAAGCUGUUCGUGCCAUAGCAAAGUUUGUUUCCAAGUGUGUAUGAGGAAGGUGACACCUCUUUUAUUUUGUCUUACCUAGGAGCUUUUGGGUCAGUGCCAUGCCGCCUUUUGUCACAUCUGUAGAUCAAGCUGUUCGUGCCAUGCCACCUUUUGUCACAUCUGUAGUCUGUAGACUUAACCCGAUAACUCUUUUCUAUGGCUGUCUUUUAUGUUCAUAAUCCUUGGGAUUUUAUGAACAAGCUAAUUCGAGUAAUGUAAACGAAAACCAUUGGAAGUGCUGUUGUAAAGUAUUAGGUAAGAUCACGGUGUUUGUGCCUCCAAUUGUAGUUUGGGUACAGCGUUUGUUCUUACUGUCGCUCAAUCUAUUGAAUAGCAGAACCUAUAUUAUCUUUUGGCAAAAA